GCUGCUCUAUUAUUGGUUAAUGUUACAUACGUCACACGUACUGGGCGAGACGUGCCAAUACGAAGCCCGAACUCUUUCUCUGUCAGAAUCAUUGAUUCGUUUUGAGGUAAAUGCCUCUAGUGUUCUGAGUUGCGAGUUGAGACAGCGAUUUUACUUAUUGAUUUUGAAUAAUACGUCUGACUGUAGGGAAAAUUAAGUCAAAUUCCUAAUACACUUGCUUAAAUUUUAAGUCAAGUCGUAGAUAUUUGACAAAUUCACUUGUUUCUAAAAUGUGAAAUUACUUUACUGUAUACUUCUAGCCUAGUUUCAAUCUUAAGUUAAGUUUCUAUUUUCUUUUCUAUGAAGUCAUUUCAUUAAACUCAAAAGGGCUUGUGGUUGUGAUAUGAGCAGGAAAAGUUUUUGGACAUAGUGUUAUUUAGAAAUAUAUACCAAAACUGGUCUGGGACUAUGAUUCGCGAGAUGUUCGUAAGUUCAGACGAGGAGGACCUCGAGAGUCCGUGUGACAUCGACCCGGAGCGCGCCGGCCUCACGCGGCCCAACCGCGACAUGCACAACCGCUGCUGCGGUGGCAAGGCCUGGUGCAUUAAGGACAUAUGCGGUAUAAUAUGCGCGGUGCUAACAUGGAUGCUGAUCCUAUACGCGGAGUUCGUGGUGAUGAUGGUGAUGCUGCUGCCCGCCGUGUCGGCCUACCCGCUCUACAGCUACGUCAAUAUAUUCCUGUUCCAGAGCCUGGCCUUCCUGGCGUUCGCGAGCCAUCUCCGCACCAUGUUCACGGACCCGGGCGCGGUACCAAAAGGCAACGCCACCAAGAAGAUAAUCAAACAGAUGAGUUUCCGCGAGGGCCAAGUCAUCUUCAAGUGCACGAAGUGCUGCAGCAUCAAGCCGGAGCGCGCGCAUCACUGCUCGGUGUGUCAGCGGUGCAUCCGCAAGAUGGACCACCACUGCCCCUGGGUCAACAACUGCGUGGGAGAGAAUAACCAGAAGUACUUCGUGCUUUUCACGUUUUACAUUGCGGCGAUAUCGAUCCACUCGCUGGCGCUGUCGCUGUACCAGUUCGUGACGUGCAUACGGCACGAGUGGCGCGACUGCAGCACGUACUCGCCGCCCGCCACGGUUGUUCUACUGCUGUUUCUCAUAGCGGAGGCGCUGCUGUUCGCCAUAUUCACCGUGGUCAUGCUCGGCACGCAGUUGCACGCCAUAUGGAACGACGAGACGGGCAUCGAACAACUAAAGAAGGAGCAGGCGCGGUGGGUGCGCAAGUCGCGGUGGAAGAACAUACAGCAAGUGUUCGGCCGCUUCUCGGUAUUCUGGUUCUCGCCCUUCACGCAGCCCUCCAUCAAGACCAAGCUCGACAGCUACUUGUAUAGCGUUUAACACCUCGACACUUUCAUAUGACAAAGUACACCUUUUAGCACUUGAUAUUUUUGCUAAAUUACAAAGCGUUCACACGGUAGUGCGCGGUUUUGUCGCUGGCGACAAAUACGCGGUCAAAUGCGUUAUGCGCACACGCGAUAAAUUUGUCUAUAGAAUGUACGCGGCGAUGCGUGCGGCGAAUGCAGGACUUUACGAGCCUAUAUAAACAUUGUAAGAUAAUGUAAUAUUGCGCUUUCGCGGCGCACUGUUCUCAAUCAAUAACUUGCUAUUGUAAUCGAUGCAUCUCAGAAUAAGCAAUAUUUUUUCAUAUUUGUGUGCAAUAAUUUUGCUAAGCGUGUUUUUUGAUGCGUUCGUUUUGUGCAUAAAUUAUGGUCGACAAACGCAUGGAAGUGGGUAGAGUCGGAAACCGUUUAAAACAAAAGGAAAAAUCUUAUUAACAUCACAAAUUUAACUCUGCAAUCAAUACUGUAUUUCAAAUAGUAUAUAACAGUAGGCUUAGAUUUAGGCACAGAUCUUAAUAUUUAGACGACUGACUUGAAAUUUUAUGGAAAUAAUACUUGGACACGAUCUUUGAUGUAAUUACAGCAUCGUACAGGAUGUAGUGCAUAUUUCUUUCCAUCGUAUUUUUUCGGAAACUUUCGUAUUUGUAGUACUUUUUGUACCGAGACUGACUGAAAUAGCAAGACACGUUCGUAAGUUUCCGUAAAAAUAACAUGGAAAAUAAUUAGGUUUGCACUAGAUCUGUAUUCAGAUAUUUUGAAUGGUGGCACGAUUGUCGGGUUUGGUUAAUAUUACAUGCGGUCUUAUUUAGUGUUAGAAAGAAAUUCGAGCCUUUUGAGUCUAUAUUUAAAGACUUGGGCCCUGUAUCAAUAGCGUGUAAUACAAAUGGAAGUCCAAAAAGGGACUUCCACAUGUAUUACAAGGUUUACCACUUUUGAUAAACGGGCCCCUUGACUCGUUUUAUGAGACUCAGCAGUAAAUAAAAUAUAUAAAAUAAACUUCCUUGUCUUUUAAGUCCCGAGUCUAGUCCUUUAUUUAGUCUUUUUUAAGUGCAAUUAAAAAAGACUCGAGCCUUCGAAUAAAGACUUCGUCAACAUUUUAAUAGGUUUUAUCUAACUGUAAAGAAAAUAGCCGUUAUCGUAUGAUUUGUGUAUCUAACCCAUGAAUUUUACAUGAAGCUAUUUAUAGUUUGAAUUUUUUUGCAAAAAACAAUUGAGUUUCAAAUAAUAAAUAAAGAUAUAAAAGACUCGGGUCUUGAAAAGAACUCUAGUUACGACUUGAUUAUGAGAGUCUGAAAAACUGAGUCGAAUUUUAACGCAGGGGACUCAAAGGACUCGUACCGUAAACAACACUAGUCUUAGGGUCGGUUGCACCAAACUGUUUGUCAUCGUUAAAGAGUUCGCAUUGUAUGGAAAGUAUCAUAGUAAACCGCCGCGGCGCGCCGGGUGACGUUGAUCAGUCUGUCAAGUGCGGAUGGUGCAACUGGCACUUAGUACGGACUGACACGUCUUCAACACCACAAAAAUGUUACCACAGUGCCUAACUCCAUUGAGUAUUAUUUCAAAGUAUGACGACUUAUUCCAUUAUUAAAUUAUGUAUACUGAAACUGCUUGGUCUUAUUUUGCCAAGUAAUCAAAGCAGAUAUGUUAAGUGCCUAUAUUAUAAAUAAAGUUGCAGUUACAUGGGCGAUUUACAAGCAAUAUCAUUGGCCGGCGAGUCGGUCUCACCCACCAAGGGUUCCGUGCUUUUAAGUAUUUGUUGUUAUAGCGGCAACAGAAAUACAGACAGAUAGGUGGCAGACAGACAGAUUAACAGAGAAGUUAUAGUAAUAGGGUCCCGUUUUUACCCUUCGGGUACGGAACCCUAAAACAAUUUAGAAUCGUUUCUAAAAAAUUUUUUUUAUCUUCCGGUUGGUUUUCUAAAUAAUUCAUUACGUGCCUUCUAUAUCGGUCAAUGACUGAUAGAGUAAUUAAUAUAGAUAAAUUAUUUUAAAAUCUGUUGGCGUGGUUAUUUUAUUACGUCAAAAUUGCUAACUAUCAGAUAUGUAAUACAUUCUCGCCCGUGUAACUGUUUAAGCAGACGAUUCAAUACAAUAAUAUAACAUUAAGGUGACCAAUAUUGUUUCCCGUGACGCGUUAACUAGGCUCCUUCAAAACAUUUGCUAUAUCGACCAUAUAUAUUUAUCUAAGUACAGUGUACAUUCAAGUAUGAAUCAAUUGAAUGAUUGAAGUGUGAGAUGAUUAGGGAACCAAAUGUCUGCAUUUACUAUUAUAGUGAUAGGGACGCAAACCAACAUUUUCUUGUCACAACGAGUGCAGUGAGCCAACAGUAGGCCUAGUAAAUAUUCAAAAGCCGAGUAGCUUUAUUGACCGAAUAUUUGACUUGGCUGAGUAAGCUUUUUUUAACUUUACAUACCGCGCCGUCGCCUGAUAGCUGAAUCUCUGCUGUGUACUAAUUCGAUUAUGAAUUGAGCUCGUCAAUUUAUGAUUGUCUUCUUUUGUAUUUAAAGCGCUACAAAAACGGUUUAUAAAUGUUUUUUUUGUAGUAUUCUUUGGCUCGACAGACAGUUUCUUGGCUCUUUUUAGGGAUAUUUUUUUGUAUAUAGUUACAAUUGACGGGCGAGCUGAUUCCAAAACCGAAUAAGUAAACUCGAUACGUGUAAUCAGGGCAAUGGUAGUCAAGUCGCCUGCUGUUUGGUGCAUAUAUUAUAUGAAAUAUUUUUGUAUGAAUAGUUUUAGUCACAAAACAAUGUUACUAGGAAAACACACAGACAUGAAUGUAGUGGAACUCUAGCGAAGGGUAUAAAUACGCACUACACGUAUGAAAUGAAAUGAAAUUAAAUUUAUUAUUCAUAACACACAGUUAUAGGUCAAUACAUAAUUAGAUUAUUUCACAUUUGGUAUAUUUAAGUACUUAUUUUUAAGUAUUAAUUAAUUAAUUUAUUAAAAUACAUUAUAUAUAUUUAAUUACAAAAAAUUAUAUUAUUUAUACUGCAAGAGGCAGAUUGAAAAAAAUCUUGAUAAUUAUAAAAAAAUAUUCUCCUCGAGCCACGACUUCAGUCUACUUUUAAAGCUUUGGGCGGAUGCUGCAUUUAGUACUGUGCUUGGCAACCGAUUAUACACGGAAGGUCCUAGGUAGUAUACUGAUCUUUCCGUUUUGGCGAGUUUGUGCGAGAUUGUACUUAGCCUAUAUUCAUGUUCAUUGCUACGCAAGUUGUAUUUCGUAUUCGUACCCCUGCGCUUGAACUCAUCGAUGUGUCCAUAAGUGAACAUGGCUACUUGGUACAGAUAAAAGCAAGGCAGGGGUAGUAUAUGGAAUUCCUUAAACAGCUCGCGUGCUAAGGCGUCGUCGGGCACGCCGGCCAUUGCUCGGACUGCUCUCUUUUGCAUCAAAAACACUCGCUGCCAAUCCGAGGAUCGGCCCCAUAGCUCGGUGCCGUACGUUAGCAGCGAGUGGACCGUUGCGAAGUAACAGUCGCGCACCGCAGCCCGCCCAGCCGUGCGCGCCAGCCGCCGAAGCGCGAAGCAUGCGCGCCCCAGCCGGCCGCAUACCUCAUCUAUGUGAGUGUCCCACACCAGGGCGCCGUCAAGGUGAAAGCCGAGGAGACGCGUGCAGGUCACAUGCUGUAUCUGGGCAUCGCCCGCACUUACCUUCAGGUUCUGUGU